ACAGAGGAGGGGGGCGCGCUGAUGUCCUCUCUGGUGCGCUCAACCAACCCCUGCUGUUGUAAUGUAAAGCUGGUAGUGUCCUGCCGUACCGCUGUGAAGAAUCCGCUGUAAAGGACACGGUUCGCAGACAUCGGUGCCUCCAACGUGAAUACUUUCUGCAUCGGAGAGAUUCCGCAGCCAAAUUACGCAUGGAAAGGUUUUGGGGGGAUUGGAGUAGAAAUGCAGCGCCGCACUUCCAACCCACAACAAGAACCAUGCCCAGCUUACAUUGCAAGCAAAUCUAUGACAUCCUGUUUUAUCCAUUACGACUUUGAUAUGAGUGAAAUUUGCUCGGAUACCGACGAGGAGUGAAGAGAAACCCCACACAGCGUACAAGCCGAAAGACGUUGUUUUCGCUGCAGACGCUUGUGAACCGAAAACCUCUGCAUUUAGGAUUUUUUUUUUUUUGAUGGAGCUGGAGAACAUAGUAGCCAACACUGUACUGCUAAAAGCAAGAGAGGGUGGAGGAGGAAAGCGGAAAGGGAGGAGCAAAAAAUGGAAGGAGAUCCUUCGCUUCCCCCAUAUAAGCCAGUGCGUUGAGCAGGGAAAUUGCGUCGCAGAGAGAGACUAUGUCAGCAUCUGUGAGAAACAGCCCAUCGGACGGCUUUUGUUCCGUCUUUACUGUGAGACCAGACCUAAACUACAACGAUGCAUCCAGCUACUGGAUGCAAUGGAAGACUAUGAGGUGACACCCGACGAAAAAAGAAAAAGCAGAGGGGACCAGAUCAUUAAGACAUUUCUCUCAAAACAAUCACCUCAGCGUGUAGACAUAGCGGAGGUUUUUGCAGACCAGUGCAGAGAGAACCUCGAGCUCAGUCCAUGUAAGGAGAUCUUCAGCAACUGCCGCAAGGCCGUCCAUGACUACCUGAGUGGAGCUCCGUUCUUGGACUACCAGAACAGCAUGUACUUUGACCGCUUCCUGCAGUGGAAGAUGCUGGAGAGGCAACCAAUCACUAAAGACACGUUCAGACAGUACCGAGUGCUGGGGAAGGGGGGAUUCGGAGAGGUGUGUGCCUGCCAGGUCAGAGCUACAGGGAAGAUGUAUGCCUGCAAGAAGCUUGAGAAGAAGAGGAUAAAGAAGAGGAAAGGGGAGUCCAUGGCUCUCAACGAGAAGCAGAUUUUAGAGAAAGUCAACAGUAGAUUUGUUGUGAGCUUAGCGUAUGCAUACGAGACCAAAGACGCUCUGUGUCUGGUGCUGACCAUCAUGAACGGGGGAGACCUGAAGUUUCACAUCUACAACAUGGGCACGCCGGGCUUUGAGAAAGACAGGGUCCAGUUUUACGCUGCUCAAAUCUGCUGUGGACUGGAGCAUUUGCACAGGGAAUCCAUCGUCUACAGGGAUUUGAAACCAGAGAAUAUCCUAUUAGAUGACAAUGGACACAUCCGCAUUUCAGACCUGGGGCUGGCCAUCAAAGUGCCUGAAGGAGAACUCAUCAGAGGCAGGGUGGGGACUGUUGGCUACAUGGCUCCGGAGGUGAUAAACAAUGAAAAGUACGGCAUGAGUCCUGAUUGGUGGGGUCUGGGUUGUCUCGUAUACGAGAUGACCGCCGGACGAUCGCCCUUCCGUGCCCGCAAAGAACGAGUCAAACGGGAAGAGGUGGAGAGGAGGGUGCAGGAGGAAGAGGAGGAGUACAACGAAAAGUUUACAGAGGACACCAAGGCCAUCUGUAGAAUGCUGCUGACCAAAGACCCCAAGCAGAGGCUGGGGUGCCAGGCGGAUGGAGGAGCGGGCGUCAAGGCCCACUCGUUCUUCAAAAAGAUCAACUUCAAGAGGCUGGAGGCUGGAAUAGUGGAGCCUCCCUUUGUGCCUGAUCCUCGGGCAGUGUACUGUAAGGAUGUCUUGGACAUAGAGCAGUUCUCCACAGUCAAGGGAGUAAAUUUGGACCAAACUGACAAUGACUUCUACUCCAAAUUUGCUACAGGCAGUGUUUCCAUCCCAUGGCAGAAUGAGAUGAUAGAAACUGAGUGUUUCAGAGAUUUGAAUGUGUUUGGGCCUCAAGGGACGAGGCCUCCAGAUCUGGACUGGAAUCAGCCUCCAGAGCCGCCCAGGCGUAGCCUGCUGGACAGGAUCUUCAGGAGGCAUCACCCAGAGGUGUCUAUUUCCCACAGCCGUGUGCAGUCUUCCAGUGUAAACUCUGUGGACUCCAUGUCCAACUCUGCCCCCUAGUGGCACAGUGACAGUGUGGGAGCCACACACACACACACAAAGGGAAGGAGCUCCGAGGGGCUUCCCUGCUGCUGAUUGGUCCACAGCCGGGGCCUGAGCAGCAGCCGGAGACAGCCUGUGUAAAAGCCUAAAUGGUCAGCCCAUGGGGGGUGGGAGGGGGGUGACCAGGCCCUGAGACCCCGGGCAUUUGUAGUGGGAUGGUCAAUGUUGCAGAGACGUUGGGAAAUAUUCGGACAAACCUUACUUACCCUCAGGAUUGCUGGACUAUAGAUCAGAGCCACUGACGAUGACGAAAACAGAAAAAGGAUAGAAAACAAGCUAACAUUCAGGGGAUCCACUGUAUAAUAAAGACCACCACAGGGAAUAGAAGAUGGGGUCUUGGUGAAUUUUAUUUUGUUUUUGUUUUUUCCAGAAAAGGAAUUUCUUUCUCACUCAUUUACAGUCCUUUACUUUCUGGCCUGUAUCUCUCCAUCUAUCUACACCCCUCCGAAUGUCACCAUCUGUACAACUCUUUCUUUCUCUGCAUUUCCACCUCCCAUACCUCAGAUCACUCCUAAACAUUCAGAACACAUCACCUCAACAACCUCAACACAUAAUGUACAUUGCCUUGCGUACACUCAGGCCAAAGAUUACAGUUUAGUUUUGUGAUACUGUUGUCAUGUUGAUUUAUUGGUUUUGGAAGGUUUUCUGCUGUUGUUUAGAACCACAUAAGGAUCGCAACGCGCGAUCCAUUUUAUACAUUUUCUCUAAAUAUGAGCCUGGCAGACAUAUCAUACUGCUUAAAGCACACAUACAUACACAGUCAGAUAGACAUACGCAGACAGAAUUGUGAGAAUCGUGUUGUGUUUUCAUUGCAUGGACAAGUGUAAGUAUGGACAGCUGUAUCCCUUUUUCGCUUCUGCAUACCUCAUUCCACAGAUGUUACCGUCGUAUACCGUACAACACGCAGACGUCUCCCUCAGUUUACAGUGUCACUUUAUAUUUGACAUUAUGUGGAAACGAAUUAAUAUGCUGUACAGAAACAGAAAUCUCCUCUUUUGAUUUUUUUUUGUUUGUUUGUUUGCUCAAUUUUUCUGCACAGUCCCCCGUGGAGUGGAGAGGAACACAUGCACUCAGCCUGACUUUACAACUUGCACAAUUUCAAAAUGUCAUGCUGUUUGUUCACCAAUGAAAAUGUUUUUACCUCUGAUCAUUAAGGCACAUUGUUGUAUUGAUAUUGUCACACGCCGCUUGUUUUUCUACAUCCAAAUCUUAAGUGUUCUUGCUCUCCCUAUGCCUUUUCCCAUUUUAAAGAUAUUGCUGCAUAACCAUUGUCACAUGUAAAGGUUUUUAUAUUUUGCCCCUUUACACAUGCUCUACAAAAUGCCUCACUGAUCUAAAGGGUCUUCCUCUUGUUUUGUGUCCAGCUGUAAUCAAACACACAGGGUAUCAGCAGCUGAAUUUUGUUUUAAUCAGUCCAGUCCAUUCAUGUCAGAGCAGAGGAGGGGAGGAAGACGCCAGAGGAUCCGGCAGACACCACACAAAGAAGUGGCCUUCUCGCAGCAGCACAGCCAAUUAAAAGAGAGGAAGAGCUCACUCUCCUCUGCUUGUUUUUAAGAAUGUGGUAUUUUCCCUAUUUGAGGCAGUGAAAGCUGGUCCAUGAAGUAAUUUCAAUCAUCCUUACCGAUCUCACACAAGCCUGUUUUUUUUUUCUUUUCUCUGCGUACUUGAUAUGAAAAAAAAAAAAGAAUCAGACUGAAGUGCCUCCUUGUUAGCAUGAUCUCCCAGACAAUGCCCACACAGACAUCAGCACUUUGUUUAUUCUCUGACUGUCAUGCUCUGUUUGUUUCGCUGGGGAACGCGUCAACACAAAUACACACAGACUCACAGAAGCGGAGGGAAGGAGGGGUGAAGGAUGGAGAGGAGUCGAUGAGGGGGUUCUCCUUCGUAAUGUGAUGUACAGCCAAGUGCUGAGUGCAUGUGAAAGCCAAACCCACUGUGUCCUUCAAGUCCCAAUAAACUCUGUGCUAUAGUUUGAGGA